CCACCACAAGCACAAGCACAGCUCGACAAUCCUGAUAUUGAACAUGGCAUUUCGCUUUUUCUUGCCCUCAAGCAUGUGUCCAAGAGUGCUUUCAACAAGUCUUGUGCUGCUGCACUUCACUGUCACCCUGAGGACAAUAUCCCAAGCCUCCAUCAAGUCAAAAAAAUCAUAUCUGAUCUUUCCGGUAUCACAUCAAUUAUUAAGGACCAGUGCAUAAACUCUUGUGUUGCAUUUGUCAGUCCAUAUGCUGAUCUCGAUAGCUGCCCAACAUGCAACAAGCCUCGCUAUGACCCCAUUCAACUUCAGCGGAGCAGAGGGCAUAUUAAACGUGCUUGCCAAAUCUUCCAUACCUUUCCCAUUGGUCCACAGCUUCAAGCAUUAUGGCGCCACCCUGAUUCUGCGGAGCUUAUGCAUUAUCGCAACCAGCGCACGCAGCAAAUCUUCGAAGAAGUUGCCCGCAAUGGGGGUGUGCCGGAUGCAUAUGAUGAUGUCAUUACCGGUCGUGCAUAUCUCGAGGCUGUUCAGCAGGGGCAUAUCAAACCUGAAGAUAUGGUUCUGAUGAUGUCACUCGACGGGGCUCAACUAUACGAGACAAAACAAAGUGAUGUUUGGAUUUACAUUUGGAUUGUCAUCAAUAUCUCUCCUGCACACCGCUACAAAAAGAAACAUGUCAUUAUUCACUGCGGAAGUGAGAAACUGAUCAGACCUGGAAAGGGUACGAAAAGACGAUGUAAACAGUAUCUAAACAGAUGUAGCAAAUGA